UCGACCAGAAAAAGGCAACCCGUAGAAUCGACGCUAUCCGAUACUCCAAUGUCUGAUGUUGUACCAUCCAACGGAGGGCCCAAUCAGGCAGGAAACUCUGCCGCAACAUCCACACCAGGCCCAACCGGAGCUACGACCAAUGGAGCCCCCGAGAUGAACAAGUGGAUCGCGAUAGCAGAGGGUAAAACCUACUCUCCAGAUCAAUUCAGGCGAAUGAAUGGAUCCGAUAUUGGUAUGGAGUGGAUCUUGAGAGACGAAACCGCUAUGAAGGAACCUAUUGUCAUCGAGGAUCCGGAAGGUCUCGGAAUGAAAAUGCCAAGCAAAGAUAUGACUGUUCGAGAUGUUGCCAAUCAAGUUGGUCCAGACACUCAUGUGGAAGUCAUUGGCAAGAUGGACACUAGGGAAAUGGGCCGAUUACUACCACUCUUCACCCACAGAGCGCGACAGGAUACGCAAUGUCAUUUCCCUCGAGGUCUCGGGUACAACUCUUGGACAACAGAUCUUACCGCCUCGACUAGUCCGGGAACUAGACUGGGUAGAAAAGCACUGGCCUAG